GGUCGGGUUGGGAGGGGGUGCAAGUGGGAAGCCUGUGGCUCGGCAGCCAGGGCUCUCCGCCUCCCCCCACCUGUACGAGGCUGGGCCCCCGCUGGGUCAGUGCUCAGCAUCCCACCCCUGCUGACUGGGCUGGGUCUUCUCCGCGGGUCACCGCAUUAGCAUUCAGUCCUAGGGUCGAGGCCUGGAGCGCCCGAAGAACGCGCUGGGGUAGCCAGCCGAGAGUUGCAGGCCCAGUCCCCAGGGUCCCCCGACUCCUAGACGCCUUUCUAGGCCUAGGGUAGCCUGGCGACUGGAAGGUGCAGAGGCGGGGGAGGAGGGGGACGCCGGAUCUGGGGACGCGCGACGCGUGAUCAGGCUGAGCAAUGGCAUUUCAAAAGGCAGUGAAAGGGACUGUUCUUGUGGGCGGAGGCGCUCUGGCCACUGUUUUGGGACUCUCUCAGUUUGCUCAUUACAGAAGGAAGCAAGUGAGCCUGGCUUAUGUGGAAGCAGCUGAGUGCCUCACAGAGCCUGUGAACAGGGAGCCUCCUUCCAGAGAAGCUCAGCUCAUGACUUUGCAGAACACCUCGGAGUUUGACAUCCUUGUUAUUGGAGGAGGAGCCACAGGAAGUGGCUGUGCCCUGGACGCUGUCACCAGAGGACUAAAAACAGCCCUUAUAGAGAGAGAUGACUUUGCAUCGGGGACCAGCAGCAGAAGCACUAAAUUGAUCCAUGGUGGCGUGCGGUAUCUCCAGAAGGCUGUCAUGAACUUGGAUGUUGAGCAGUAUAGGAUGGUGAAAGAAGCCCUUCACGAACGUGCCAACUUACUGGAAAUCGCUCCCCAUUUAUCACACCCCUUGCCUAUAAUGCUCCCAAUUUACAAGUGGUGGCAGUUACCUUAUUACUGGGUGGGAAUCAAGAUGUAUGAUCUGGUUGCAGGAAGUAAUUGCCUGAAGAGCAGUUACGUCCUCAGCAAAUCCAGAGCCCUCGAGCAUUUCCCCAUGCUCCAGAAGGACAAGCUGGUAGGAGCCAUUGUCUACUAUGAUGGACAGCACAAUGACGCACGGAUGAACCUGGCCAUCGCCCUCACUGCUGCCAGGUAUGGGGCUGCCACAGCCAAUUACAUGGAGGUGACGAGCUUGCUCAAGAAGACAGACCCUGUAACUGGGAAAGAGCGUGUGAGUGGUGCACGCUGCAAGGAUGUCCUCACAGGGCAGGAGUUUGACGUGAAAGCCAAAUGUGUUAUCAAUGCCACUGGACCUUUCACAGACUCUGUGCGCAAAAUGGAUGAUGACCAUGCUCCGGUCAUCUGCCAGCCCAGCGCAGGUGUCCACAUUGUGAUGCCUGGGUACUACAGCCCUGAAAGCAUGGGACUUCUUGAUCCUGCAACCAGUGAUGGGAGAGUUAUUUUCUUCUUGCCUUGGCAGAAGAUGACUAUUGCUGGCACUACUGAUUCAGCAACAGAACUCACACAUCAUCCUAUUCCUUCAGAAGACGACAUCAACUUCAUCUUGAAUGAAGUGCGCAACUACCUGAGUUGUGAUGUUGAAGUGAGAAGAGGGGAUGUCCUGGCAGCAUGGAGCGGUAUCCGGCCCCUUGUCAUUGAUCCCAACUCUGCAGACACUCAGUCCAUCUCCCGAAAUCACGUUGUUGAAGUCAGUGAGAGCGGCCUCAUCACAAUAGCAGGUGGGAAGUGGACGACGUAUCGCUCUAUGGCCGAGGACGCUGUGAAUGCAGCGAUCAAGGUUCACAACCUGAAGGCAGGACCGUGUCGGACAGUUGGGCUGUUCCUCCAAGGAGGCAAAGAUUGGAGCCCCACACUCUACAUCAGGCUGGUCCAGGACUAUGGGCUUGAGAGUGAGGUGGCACAGCAUCUUGCCGCCACCUAUGGUGACAAGGCUUUCGAGGUGGCCAAAAUGGCAAGUGUGACUGGAAAGCGAUGGCCUGUUGUUGGGGUGCGUCUUGUGUCAGAAUUUCCAUACAUCGAAGCAGAGGUGAAAUAUGGGAUUAAAGAAUAUGCCUGCACUGCAGUUGACAUGAUUUCACGUCGUACUCGCCUAGCCUUUCUCAAUGUCCAGGCUGCAGAGGAAGCGCUGCCCAAGAUUGUUGAAUUAAUGGGCAGAGAACUGAACUGGAGUGAGGCUAAGAAACAGGAAGAACUUGAAAUAGCCACCAAGUUUCUGUACUAUGAAAUGGGCUCCAAGUCUCGAUCAGAACAAUUCACAGAUCGUACUGAAAUCAGCCUGAUGCCUUCAGACAUCGAUAGGUAUACGAAGAGAUUUCAUAAGUUUGAUGCAGACGAAAAGGGCUUUAUUACCAUUGUUGAUGUUCAGCGUGUACUAGAGAGUAUCAAUGUGCAAGUAGAUGAAAAUGCACUCCAUGAAAUGCUCAGGGAAGUGGAUUUGAACAAAAAUGGACAAGUUGAGCUCAAUGAAUUUCUGCAGCUCAUGAGUGCAGUUCAGAAAGGAAGGGUUUCUGGAAGCCGGCUUGCCAUCCUGAUGAAAACUGCUGAAGAGAACUUGGACCGAAGAGUUCCGAUUCCUGUGGAUCGUAGUUGUGGAGGAUUGUGAGUCUGACCAGUAAAUCUACAGCCAACAAUCAUAGGACAGCAAGCACCAUGUACCAACCAGAGAUGACUUAAACCACUCUAAAUAGUGGCCAUGGUAGCGUGUUUUUUAAAAAGGAAAACACUGGAAAACAUUCCAAAACUUUUAAGAUGUUGGUGUAUUUGCCAACUUAACCUGCCAAUCUUUUAUUUGUAUUUUCCAUUCAGUCUAGCUUCUAAAAAGUGUUUUUCUCAUUUUUUAGUGCACAUUGAUUUAACGUUUUGUAUUCAUUUUGUAACCUGCCAGACUUGACUCUGCCUUUCCAUCCAUUCACUCAAAUCAGUUUUAAUGGCAGACCCCGCAGGAUUGGAAAGAAGCUGGAAAAUGUUGUGAGCAGCCAGAGCUCCGGAACUUGAACUUGUAGACAGCAUUAUUUUUUUCUUCUUAGAAAAGUCUUUGACCUGUUGACAUGACCAUGUUUUGGGAGACUUCUCAGCCCUUUCUUGCUACCUCCCCUUCCAAGCAACACUUCACCCUUUUCUGUCUAGAGUAACACUGGUUAAUCUGGAGAGGGAAGACAAAGUUUCGGUCUGGUUGAGAUUUGGUUACAUUUCUAAAAGAAAAGCUCUGAACGCUUCCAGGAUCACAGGAGAAAGAUAAAGACAGCAUUGACAUUUGCCGGGAGGUAGUGAGAGUUGCUUCUCAACAGUUCAUUUUUUUCCCCAGGCACUGCUGGCUUUCUUUGACUAUUAUAGUUGCCAGAAAAAAAUCCUUGCUUUUUUUACUUUCAAACCAGCAUUUGAGUGGCAAGUUGGAUAUAAUGGGAUGAGACCAAAUCUUUCCAUUCCUUCAGGGAGUAAUGAUAAAACACAGUUUUCAAUCCCACAAGUCCUGAAUCUUGCAGCGUGUGGUAUUGUCAGGCCUGUUCUUGUUGGGGUGGGCAAUAGUCUUAGUAUUUGCAAAGGGACAAUAAGAAUUGGGCAGACUUUAGUUAACUUUAAUUAUAAAAUUAAAAUAAGGCAUCCUACUUUAAUAUCCAAAGACAGUGAGUGUGCUUGCCAAAAGCCUUUCUCUUUGUAUACUCAAUGGGAAAAUUCUGAUUCUACCAAAAAUAAAAAAAAAAAUAAAAUAAAAUAAAUUAAAGGAAGAUAACACACACACACACACACACACACACACACACACACACACACCCACCCACAAAUCAAAACUGACUGUGCAUUGCACUCAAAAAAUAAUGCACCUAACAGAGAUGCCAGCUGGAGAAUGCUUCUGUUAUAUUCUGUUGGCACUAUUACUAGUAAUCUUAAUAUUUAUUAAAUGUGCUCCCUUUCCUGAAGCUACCAAUAAUUGGUUGUCUGUGCAGCAUAGGAAGUGUAGCCCUUGUUCCAUACUUCUCUCCUGGCAGGCUUUGUUGUGCAGACUAUGUCCUGGCUCUGUGAACCGGUACAGAAAGCACCUUCCUCUGUGCUACUGUUUCUGCUUAUACUAUGCCUUUCUGCCUCGUUCAGUAUGGGUUCUGAGUCUGCAUAUGGUAAUAUGAACUGGGAAGUUCACUUACAGAGCCCCCUGCCCUCCAACAUGCAGAAACUGUAGGGAGAGACAGCCCACCUCAUUUUAUUAUUAAACAAAGUUUAGAUACUUUACUUAUGUAGGGUAACCUGACACAGAGCAAGCGAUGUCACAGCAGGUGCCACUGAAGUUUUUCUUUCAAAGCGUGAACAUUUUACACAAGUUUUUAUUAUUAUGUUUUUAAUAAAUGGGAUCACGUGGAUUUUCAAUUGAGUGUUUUUCUAUCAUGACAAUAAAGUUCACUUUAUACCUAGUGACAUUAAGUUGGCAGAAAAGCUGUCCUUUAAGACAUCCCAAAUGACAUAUCACAAUAUUCUACAUCUGUACUCCCCUCCUCUCUCUCUCUUUCUCUCUUUCUAGUUAGAUCAAGAUAACGAUGGCUUGUAUCACCCCUGAUUCUCUUACAGUAGGGACUGGGCUUAGAAUGUGACUUGCUCAGGCCGAUCUGUGUUUGGAAAGCAGGUCUUGUUUGUACAUGCUUUGCUAUGAAUGAAGUUCCUUUAAGGACAAAGAGAAGUGCACUUUUCUUCAUUUGAGCAUAUCUGCUUUGGCUUCAAAAUCUGCUUGUUCUGAGACACGCUCCUUCACCAAUCCCAGAGACUCGUUUUGGAAAUGAACUACUUUCAUGACAUUCCUGUAAAUAAAGCACCCCAGCCUUUGCAUUUUCCUGUGAGUUCCUCAUUGAACCUGGACAGUAUUUUUUUUUUUAAUUCCAAUUUAAGCAAAGGAAAAAGGAAAUAGGGGAACAACCCCCUUUAAAACACAAACUCAUUCAGAGAAUGAAACAUUUUUUUCUUUUCAUAUAAACCUGGUAUUUGUUGACUCUGUUCGGGUAUGGGAUUGGGUGUGUGGGGAUUGUCUUUUAUUAUCAAGUGAUUUAUUUCAAGAGCCUCAGAGGGAAUUCAGGUGAAGGAAUCGCAUCUGUGCUGGAGGGCUGUGUAGACUCCUUUAACUAGCCUUCGCCUCUGUCGUAAUAACAGUGAUAAUGCUGGAUUACUUGUUUAGCUAAGCUUGUCUGCCUCAUAUCCAUCAUGCUGCAUAUUCUUGCUCUCAAUCUGUUUGUACUGAGUGUAACUUCAGAUUUCUGCCAUCAAGUGCAUGCUUUGUACUCUGCCUUAGUUUAUGGCUUGAUUUUUGUCAAUUUCAAAAUAUGUACAACAAAAAUGUUCAUUCUGAUUUUAACUCAAUACAGCAUAGGGAUUGUCACUGAUUUUUUUUUUCUUUACCUCUUUUUUAUGCAUUUGUAAAAAGGUCUUUUGCAUAUGAAUGUAAUCACAUAUCGAUGUCACUGAUGCUGUAGACUUUCACUGCACUUUACUCUAGGGAGUAAAAAAGCCCUACUAUGUUUUAAAAGAAUAUCAAGUCUUAGUCCAGUACUGGACAUACUCACUGCAUGCUCUCAUACUGUCACACUUUUCUGUAUUGUGUUUGGGUUAUUGUUCUAGACUGGACUGUUAAAUGCUGUGUUUGAGGCUGGGUUGUCAUUUUUAUAGCUGUCUUGGUAUUUUAUCACCAUUAUUUAUUACUUUUGAUAUACAGAAUGAGCUGCAUGCAUUUGUAGAGCAAUAAGAAGAUGUAUUUAAUGUGCCUUGUUUUUAACUGAGUAAGAGCCGAAAGUGUAAAUCAAUAAAGCUGAUUAAAAUGGUC